GUAUAAGGCCACCAGACUCAGUAUGGUAAACAGAAUUCAAAACCUCAUAAGUACACACAGCCAAAUACAGAAACACACUGGGAGAAUAUAUAAACAAGAAAAUUCCAACCCUUCAUCAUCAGCCAAAAGAGAUCACAAAUUACCUUGGCCAUCGAGCUGUUUGAAAAGACAUUUUUAAAAAACAUUCCUAAAGGACAGAUGCGUCAGGCCAAAUGGACCUUGGGGGAUAAAGGGAAUGGUAUUCCAGAGGGCAGGAACAGAAAUUAUACGGUGAUAGCAUGGUGAUCCCAGAAUUUCAUUAUCUAUAAACCCUAAACCAACUGGCUACAUUUCAUCUGUGCUGUUUCUGUAUGAGCUUGAGCCAACACAUUGUGACUGUUAUCUUUAGCUGUAACAUCAUGUUCACUGUACCACUGAACAUCUAUGAUUGUUAAGGAUUAUAGCAUACUCAGGAGGAAAAAAUGUAAGUGGCAUAUUGGAGAGUUCAGUCAACUAUAAUUAGCUUACUUUUUAAAAUGGGACUGGCAUGUCACAGGCAGAGAAGGAAAAUGUUUAUUUUAGGUUUCUAUAGCUUUUCAAACAGUAAAAUUCAUCUGAUUUGUUCUGGAACUACUAAGAUCUUGGCAGCAAUACAUAUGGCUAGCCCAAAUAAAGUUAUACAGCAUAAGGCAAGAAGCAAUCUCUAAAUUAUACAUGGCUUCAUAAGUUAAUGCAGCAAGUUGGAAUUAUGUUUACAGGAAGAGGGAAUACCAAGAAUCUGUAUAAUGGUGCUGCAGUAGACAUGACGAUGAAUGGUGGUUAGCUAAGCCUAAAGGUUUUGGGCAAAUUUCCUGAAAGGUCAAGAAAAAAAUUAACAGGUUAUUGAAUGAAGCUUAGUAGAGCUGUUUUAGAAAAAUAUGUAGCAAUGUGCACUAUUUAUAUACUAAAUUACAUACUGCCCCUCUCUGUAGGCAAUGGUUAUAUAGCCAUUGUAGCAUUAUUGUAAUAUUCUUUCAGCUAUGAGCGUAUCACUCUGGAUCAGUUCAUUGUUUACAGACCAGAUGCUGAUCUGUUAAUUUUGAAAACCAGAACUGCAUGAUAUCUGGACACUAUUACAUUUCCAGGAUUAACUAUUUCCCUUUUUCCACCUAAAAUGAACAUGAAAAUAUGCCAAAUAUAGUUCAAUAACAAAGCUACGAAAGUAGAGCAACAUGGAAAGUGUGGUAGAGCUAGCAUUAAGAAAGGUCAAGGAUGCUAUGUCAAAUGCUACCAACAUUCCAGUGGCCUGUAUUAAAAAGUGGGGUCUUCUUUUAGGUAUGAUUUUUUUUUUUCAAUACAGGCAACACUGAGUAAUUUUUAGCUAAGUUUUUGUCCAGGUGCUAACUUUAGCUAUUAGUACAGAAGCAUGUCUGUAUCUGUCAAUUAAGGAAUACUCCAUUCCAUUUCAUUUUGCUAUACGUUUAGUUGACCUUAUUUUUAUGUGUCUUUCCCCCUAGUUACAACAGAGAAUAGCAUUCUCAAAGGUGAUGACAGGAUGAGCUGCCCAAGUAUAAGUGCUCCAUCAAAUAUUUCAAUGAGCUGUGGAAGAGAUGCAUAUGCUUUUGUGGUGCAUGGAGUGAAAUCAUUUCUGUUCUCUUCUUUCGCCAGGAAGAUAUGAGUGGCUGGAUGUUUGCAUCUAUAAAUAGCUACUUUAUGUCAGCUAGAUGCCAAUCUUUUUGAAGAGGGUCAGUCCCCAGUUUGUCUUGGUACUAGGCAUCAUGCAAACCCUAGAAGAAGCAUAGAAACCUCCCAGGACUGGAUAGGUCAUCCCCAUUCAUAACAAAUUCCAUAAACCCUGCUCAAAGCAUCAAGAUCACUGUUUUCCCGAACAAUAAGUAAGAAAAUUUUUGCUGAUCACGGCAAUGCUCUCAUAUUCUGACUUGGUCAAAGAGAGAAAGCAGCAAGCAUCAGCCAUCAUGAAGGAGAUCCAGCAAUAUGAAUCCCCUCAAAUGGAUCUUGGAAAAAAGGUUAGCAUCCCCAGAGAUAUCAUGCUGGAAGAACUGUCACUACUCAGUAAUCGAGGAGCAAGGCUAUUCAAAAUGCGGCAAAGGAGAUCUGACAAAUAUACAUAUGAAAAUCUUCAUUUUUUAUCUAGCAAACCAAGAAAUCGUAAUGAGAUCAUACAGUUUGUCCAGUUGGAUGCUCAUGGCAUGGAACCUAGCCAUCUAAAUGCACCAAUGACACCUCCUAAUACACCUGAUCCAAGGGGUCCACCCAACCCUGAAACUAUUGCCCCAGGUUACUCUGGACCUUUGAAGACAAUUCCUCCUGAGAAGUUCAAUACUACAUCUGUGCCAAAAUACUAUCAAUCACCUUGGAUUGAAGCCAUCCGUAAUGACCCUGAGCUGCUGGAAGCUUUGUAUCCUAAAUUGUUUAAGCCAGAAGCAAUACCAGAACUACCUAACUUUAAGAGCUUUAACAGAGUUGCCACUCCUUUUGGUGGUUUUGAAAGAGCAUCAAAACUUAUCAAGUACAAAGUCCCAGAUUUUAAUUUUCUGCUGCUAAAUGAUCCACGAUUUAUGCUCCUUGCCAAUCCACUUUCUACCAGGAGGUCAUUCAACAGGACUCCUAAAGGUUGGACCAGUGAUAAUAUUCCCAUAACGAUAACUAUACAGGCUACAGAAGUCAAUGGUGUUCCAGAAACAGAUGAUUUGUGAAAAGUACAUCACACAUCAGAUUCAGCCUGGUAGUGUUUUAUUCUUUUAAUAUGCUCUACAUCUGUUCCAACAUCCAAUUUUAUGUUGAAAUGCAAUAUGAUCUGAUGAUGUAGUUGUAUUCUGGGAGUAACUAAUAUUGUUAUUCAGAUCUAAUACCAAUAAAACAAUGUGGCUAAUAUGUUUAAAAAAAACCCCUACAUUUGACUCAUUCAUCCUUUACAUUUUACAUAUUAAAUAUAGUCUGGAUUGAGUUCACACUGGUCAAUUUUUAUAUUAAGAGGUGAGAUGAUGAUCAAAAUUACAAUAUCCUGGUUACCUAUCAAUCCUGGUUUGAUUAGACUUGCAUACAGAAAUAUAGCAGCAAAAGUUUAGGCACUCUUAGUUAAACUAUACAUUUCAAUGAACCCAUAAUUGACCCAACCUGGUGUACAUGGUUGUACCUGGUGUACCUGGGUGUACAUGGUAUACAAUUAAACAUGACACCAUUUUGUGAAUCUGAAUGCAUGCUUACUAUUUAUGUGCAGAUGUGAACUGACCAAAGUAAGGAGACAGUGUCUAUACUUUUAUAUGUAAGUAUACUACCAGGAACCUGAAAAAAAUCCUCUCUGGAAACAAUAAAAUGUUUGCAUGUUGUAUUUUCUAGGACAGCAUAAGGAAUGUGCAAUUUAACAUAAGCUUUAUUAAACUGAUGUUAAGUAGUUCUGAUAAUGUUAUGCAUCUAAUUUCAGUUCUGAAAGUGUACAUAAGGCACAAUGUCAUGUAUUUUUUAAAACGAAAUGCUUUCAAGUGUUACGGUCACAUGUUGCAUAACUACCUAUGAAUCUAUGCAUAGAACUUUAUUUGCAGUUGUCCAAGGUGAGGAUCCAUUAUGUCUUCCAUGGCUGCACAGUUACACAAGAAAUAUCCAUGUAGCCACAUGAAUGUAUCAAAUGUAAGAUAGCAGUAAUUAAGGACAUUUUUCACAGCCAGCUUUGCUCUGGUUAAUGCACAUUCAUUUAUCCACAAGAAUCAAUCACUGAGGAUUUGAUGUGAUGGAGAUAACGUAUUAUGUUGCAUAUAUUGUUUCAUCAAAUGUAUUUCUGACAUGAGCUCUCACUGUUUCACUGAUUCAUAAACUGCUUAUAAACUGCCCUUUCCCUGCAAACAUGCCCUGGGAACCCCUUUUUAAUGUCAUGUCUCUAGGACAGCACCUUCAUCUCAUCCACAGCCCAUGAAACAAGCUUGAAUUCUCCUUAGCUGUACUGGUGUUAAAAUAUUGUUUUCUCCCUUAUUCUGAUACUGUCAAAGGCCUCAACCUGUUAACUUUGUCCUGUUAACUUUGUCAUCCAUUAUCCUGCAGUGACUUGCAACAGGAGUAAGAUAGAGGUCAACAACCUGAACACAGAAUGUCAUGCUGCUUUAGUUUUCUCCCAAAUGACGGAUGGGUGGAUAGUACUCAACAGCAGUAGGAUGUUGUGUGAUGCUCAUGUGUAAAACAGAAUGUGAAAUGAGAACACCUUUGAAAGGGAAAGAAUGCAAAACAGAUUGCAUAUAUCGUAAGGCCUACUUUUUCACUAAGUUCAUUUCAACUGCUGGUACUGGCCAUAUUUUAAUAACUAUGCUGCAAGGCAUGGGAAUCAACAUCAUAAAGAAUUAAACCUAAUGUAUUUGUGCAAGAACUAAAACUACUUUGAUUAGUCCUAAGGAACGCAACAGACUAUACUUUAAAAGGUUUUCAUUUGGGGAAUGAAAGCAAGUCAUACACCAGGAAGAGAGGAACAGAGCACUCAAGUUAAGACAACUUACCCAAGGCCUUUGUACUCCAUGAGAAGCUGUCAUGUGGCUGCCUGCUUUUGGCAAAGCUUGUUAUCAUCUCGUAACUACACCUGAUUGCCAGGGAAUCAACAGAGCUGCUCUACUGGUUUCCAUCAAUUCUUUUGAUCCCUUCUCUAGGGAACAAGUCACUCUGUUCCUUGUAGACCAAGCUACACAAGGCCUUUCCUGCUACCUUCCAAAUUUGUGUUUGCUUCUUGCUAUUAUUUCAUAUAAAUAACUUUUCGUCUAACACUUGGCCUGAUAUUCAGCCCUAAAGAAAUAUUUCUGACAUUUUGAAGAUGACUCUUCACAUUUUUUUGUCUAAUCCACAAACACUGCAUUUUUCUGGUUUGUUAUACUGUCAGUUUUAUGUUAUAUGUUCACCAGGUUAUUAUGGCUUUUUCAACAUACCACUGUGACUCUAGCAACUGAUUUAUAGAAUAAGCCAUAGCUGACUGGGGUGAUACAGAACACUAAGCUACAAAUCAUAGAUUACAAAUCAAUAUGACAAAAAUGAUACAUUACACUAAGCUAAAAUUAAGUUUAAUGUUAUUGGUUUAGUGCAAUGUAUGAAUCCAGCUGCUAAGUUACAGGACAGGGUGGGUGGGGAAGGGUGAUUUCCAAGCAGCAUUUAAAUGAGACUCACUUUCUAAAAUAAUAAAGAUACAAUUAUGUGCAUAUUUGUUAGACAGCAAAUCUAAUGCUGUAAGUCCUAGAAAACUUGUCUAAGAUUUGGUUAUAAAGGAUGCACUUAAAUAUGUUUAUCAUUUUUGCAAAUGAUAGAUAUUAUAGAAAAUUUUGAAUACAGAACUUGACGUUAAAUUUAGUAAACUUGUUUUAUGAGAAAAAGGCAGAUCUGUUGAUGAAGCCAAAUGAUGAAACAGCUAAGACUUUUAAAAAUGUGAUAAAAUGACUAAAAUACCAUCUUUAAAAUUAUUUUAAAUCUUGCAUACCUAAUGUAACUUAUAUAGAUAAUCCAAAUACUUACCUGAGAAUGAAACCUAUUGAUCUCAAUGAGUGUAUUGCUUGAGUAGGAACCUCACUAUUAAACUUCACAUGUAUUUUUUUUCAAACAAAAAGUUCUGAAAAUGGAAAUACGUGUAAUGAAAGGGGACUUUAGUUUAAUGAAAACUAGAGUCUCCUAUAUGUCUGCAAAACAAAAUUGGUGACAUGCUUUCUUUUAACAAAAUAAUAUCUUUUCUGCAUAAUGAUAGCUAGUAAUACUUUCCAAAGCAUCUCAGUACAAUCUUCAAUAGUUGGAUAAAGAGGGUAGCUUCAUUAUUUUGCAGUCUCUACAUUCUUCAAUAAGAUUACCUGCAGUGUUGUACACUGGGUAAAUUUUCCACUCUAUUAUUUAUAAUUUCAAUAACCGCAUGCACAUUGUGCUUAUGUCCCAGUUAUUUCUGUAUAACUAUUUCUUCUAAUCAUCCUUGGUGUUUGGUUACGAAAAUAAAUUAAGAUUUUUCCCAUUCUGUACACAUGCUUAUUUCAUUCAAAUUUGCUAAAACUAAACUCAGAUAUUGAAACAGGAAGAAAAAAAACCCUGAGUAUCCCUCCAAAAUAAGAGGUAUUCCAAACGGAUGACAUAGAUACUUCCAGUCUUUUCUUUGUCAAAAAAUGCUUUUAAAAUCUUAAAUGUUAUAGAAACAGAAAGUUAAUCUGAUUGAAUGGGAGCCCCUCUUUGUAGAAGAUAUUUUGGGACUCAUCCAUAAGAUAACAGUGAUCAACAGAAUCUCCAUUGUGACACACUUAUUUUAAGUAAGAAUUUUGGGUUGCUUCUUCUACAUUAGACAACUGACUGAAAUUGCCAUGAUUUGUUCAUUCACUAUAAUGCAAUAUAAAAUACAAUACAAAUACAUAUACACUAUUCUUCUGUCUUUUUCAACACAGAGGGUAUAUAGUGAAAAGUAACUAACACAAUUCAGUACUCACCUAUUAUAAUUUGUAGUGGUUAUCAUUUAUGACCCAAUGUAAUACAGUUUAAAAUGUUUUUAGUAUGAUAUAUAUACAGAGAGAGAAUGCUAUAGAACUGUAACACAAUGCUAUGUAAUUUUUCAUAUGACUUAAAAAUUGCUUUCUGAUUGCCAUUCAUCUUGUUGCUAAAAUCUUUGCUAUAGGAUUAUGUAGUCUAGAGCAGUAUAUCAUCAUACAAUAAUUUAUAGCAUAAUGGUAUUAAAUUACUUUUCCUGUUUCCUGUUUAAAUAAAAUUAUAGCUGGAAAAAUCA